UCAUCAUUUCGUUUCCUGUUUUCGUUUUUUUCUCUCUCUCACUCUCCCUCCUGCGCUGAGGUACCAAAGUUUAAUUCAUGGUGAUGUCAAUAUUGUGAGUUACUUUUACCAUGUCGGCCGUCACGCCACAAAACAGGAGGCGACGCCCCUCUAAAAUGUACAUACUGACGUCCGACCACAAAGUACAAGACCACCUGGAUGGUACCAUUCGGCUGCAGAGGGGUAAUCUGUGUCAGGAGCAAGAGGGAGGAGGGGAGCGCGUUGGAAGAGGGGACUUUUUAUGGGUAAAGGUUGUAGACAAUGGAACUAUGGUGAAGCUUGAUAAGCACUUAUUAAAUGAAAUAUCUACUGAGCAGGCUGGCUUGCUGGAGCCUAUCACUGACCUUGAAUUACGCUUCAAACUGCUCUCCAAACCUCACCGGCUUACCAGAUUGGCCAGUUUGCCCCUGGGGACACCCGUGCUAGUGCGGUGUGGCCAGUCAGUAGACCUGGCUGAUGCUGAGCUUCGUUAUCGUGGGCCCUUGAUGCGAGGAAGCGGAGCCGUGUAUUUUGGGGUCCAACUAAAAGGAUCUGCAGCAGGGAGGGGCAACGGUAAUGGAAGCUACAAAGGACACCAGCUUUUCACAUGCCCUGAACAGUGUGCCCUUUUUGUGUCAGUCAGCGAUAUCACAACACACCGAUUUACCCGAAGCAGCAGUUCUGGUGAUAAUGAUCCUCAACAAACUGAAAUAAACAGACCCAACCCGAACAGCCAGAGUUCUAGUAAUGUCCCAAAUCCAGUUAGUGUCUUAGCACGUUCAGCAGAAUCUGUGCCAGCUAAUACUCUGCUGCAGGUUGGGCAGAGGGCCUGCUUCGCCCAAGACAAGGUGUAUCAUUGGGGCACGGUGCAGUACUGUGGGCAGCUUCCUGGCCGUACGUCAUCAGGAGGAGUGUAUGUGGGAGUUUUGCUGGACAACCCAGUAGGAAACUGGAAUGGUUACUAUAAGAGCUACAAGCUGUGCUCCAUUCCGUCUCCUGAAUACGGCCACCUUCUUCCCCUCUCCAAAGUGGUUGCAGAAACGAGGUCAGAGCGCACAACUCCAGAAAUCCCUCCACUUCCUUCCUCCAAAAACCCCCUUCAGCCGCCUUCACCCACACAUAGCAAGCACCUUCCACAGACGACAAUACCCACCAAUUCCAGCCACAACCCUAGACUGUUGAUAGAGCCUUCCAUGCUAGCCAUGGCUAAAUCCGCUCUACAACCUCCAGCUCCAUCAAAUGCUUCAAAAGUUCCUUUAAAACCUCCUCCUGCCACGAUUGUUAAAUCUGCACUCAAACCACCUCCUGUUCCACCUAUUAAGCCACAAGCCCUUUCACCCUCCGUUGACCAGCUGCAUACUUCAAAUGGGUUUCAUAAUCCACCCUCUCCACUCAUUCCAGAGAAAGCAGAGGCUAAUAUGUGGUUAGAGGUUGGGUCUAUGGUCGAGGUGAAUGACCCACCACUUUUCGGAGUCAUUCGGUGGAUUGGAUACAUUGAUGGAAUUUCAGAACCAGUAGCUGGCAUUGAACUGGACCAGGAGUUGACCGCUGCCACGGACGGCAACUACCUUGGGGAGCGUCAUUUCCGUUGCCCCCCUAACAAGGGGCUGUUCAUCAAACUACGUAACUGUAGGCGAGACUCCAGAUUUCCUGUCCCUGAGGCGCCGAUCAAUCAAGUGGAGCGCUGCAAUUCGAUUGCAUUUGCAGAAUGGGGCAGUAAGCGUGUGGAAGAGAACACACCACCCUUGUUGGGUCAGGAGGCUCGGCAUUUGUACGAAGGCUUUAAGAAAGGCAUCCAGGGCCAUCUCAACUCUUGCUACCUGGAUGCAUCACUCUUCAGUCUGUUCUCGUGCUGCAGUUCAGUCGACUGGGUUUUGUUUUGGCCCUGCAACGAAGAUGGUCACCGAAGCAAAGAUGCUCAGGAACUACUGCGCUGUGAAAUUGUCAAUCCUUUACGCAGGUUUGGAUACGUGUGUGCCAGUAAGACUAUGGCAUUACGGAAGCUUCUGGAAGCUGAGACUACAGAUGCAGGCUUUACUAAUGAAGAGAAAGAUCCUGAAGAAUUCCUCAACAAGCUUUUCCAGCUCCUCCGGGUGGAGCCACUUCUGAAGAUUAGAUCUUCAAGCCAGGAGCCACAGGAAUGCCACAUUUAUCAACUUUUCCCUCCUACGCUUCCCUGUCCAUCCUCACCUAUUCGUUCUCCUCUCUCGCCCUCUCUCUCACCCUGUCUCUCCCCAAUCCCUCUGUCCUCACCCUCAGUUGGACUCAUGAGGGUUGCCAGUGUGCAGACACUGCUGGAAUCCUCCUUCAUGCAUUCUGGGCUUAAAUUCACAGAGGCUCCAUCCUGUCUUCCUCUGCUCAUGCCACGCUUUGGUAAAGAGUUUAAGAUGUUUGACGCCAUUCUGCCAUCCCUCACACUCGACAUCACUGACCUUCUGGAUGAGACGCUUCGACAAUGUAGUAUAUGUCAGUCGGUGGCAGAGUGGGAGUGUUCACAGUGUUAUGAGGAUCUGGACAUCACACCUGGCCAGUUAAAACAGUUUUGCAACACCUGCAAUGCACAAGUUCACGCCCACAAAAAGCGCCAGAUGCACAAACCCAUCAAGGUCAGAAUGCCCAAGGGCACAUGGGAGGGACCGGUUCAUGGAGCUCGCCAGCAAUUAACUCUCUUCGCUGUGACGUGUAUUGAGACCAGUCACUAUGUGAGCUUUGUCAAGCACGGGCCCCUCCCUACCGACUGGCUCUUCUUCGACAGUAUGGCUGAUAGAGAGGGAGGGGAGAACGGCUUCAACGUGCCACAGGUGAGGGCGUGUCCGGAGGUGGGACGCUACCUGAGCCUGUCACAGGUGGAGCUCAGCCGCUUAGACUCCGCCUUCCUAAAAGAGCCGGUCCGAAGAUUGCUCUGCGAUGCCUACAUGUGUCUUUAUCACUGUCCUGAACUGAGCCUGUAUAAGUGAAGUAAAGAGCUAGCAGUGUUGCUUGUCCUGACACACCCCCAAGCUUUCAGUGUUUCAGAUACACGGGAAUCUUCUUUUAGUGUAUCACAGGCCGAUACUGCAAAACAUAAACCAAGGAUUUUGAACCUUAUAUAGACUUGUUGGUUAAAUGUCAAGGCUCAUCUUAAAUACAAACUCGAAAGAGUAGGUUUAAAUGAAUUGAGGAGUAAGAAACAGUCUUGAUUUCAUUGAAAAGGCCUGAGAAUACGUAUUUGUCUGACAUUUUUGUUUUUUGGCCAUUAUCCAUUAUUCCAUAAGAAACUUAAGGUGUUCAAACCCUUUUUACUGGCAAUGUAUUUAAAUUCAUCUUAAACAGUAACUGUCAUGCACGACUGCAUCUGUAGUCAUACUUCUGUCAGCACUAUAUCAUACUUCUGUCAGCAUUAUAUUGAAUCAUUCAGAUUUUCUCCAAUGCUACAGUUUCACAUUUUUAACAGUCACAUUGAAAUUGUACCAGAUCUGUAGCAAGUGCAACUGACACCCAAACACGCCUGUCUUCACUGAAAGUAUUGUCUUUAUGUAUUCUACUUGAAGAGAUUAUACUGGUGUGUAUAUAACUGAUAGCUGAUUUAAUGCUUUGAGUAUAAAAUCUACUUUUCAAACAUGA